AUUUUUAUUUUGCCCCGCGACUGGGUAUUCUGCAGUCAUCCGCCAUCACUCUCCCAACGAAACAAACAGUAAAGGAAUUAGGAAGAGAUCGAAUGGAACGAUCGGCGAGGUUUCUACCAUUGUCACUGUUGUUAGUUACACUGAUCACAACUGUUAAUGCUCUAUAUGGCCCCUCCACUCCCGUUCUUCAGUUAAAUCCUUCUAAUUUUAAGUCUAAGGUUCUGAAUUCUAAUGGCGUAGUGUUGGUAGAGUUCUUUGCCCCGUGGUGUGGCCACUGUAAGGCGUUAACGCCCACGUAUGAGAAGGUCGCUUCUGUCUUGAAAGGCGUCGCUACCGUCGCAGCACUAGAUGCCGAUGCUCACAGGUCCCUUGCUCAGGAAUAUGGCAUUAAAGGCUUUCCUACCAUUAAGGUUUUUGUACCUGGAAAGCAGCCUGUGGAUUACCAAGGCGCAAGGGAGGCUAAAUCCAUGGUUGACUUUGUAAAGGCACAGAUUAGGGAUCUGUUGAAGGAUCGGUUAGAUGGAAAAGCAACAGGAGGGUCUUCUAAAAAGUCUGAACCUAGUGCUUCAGUUGAAUUGAACUCAAGAAAUUUUGAUGACUUGGUGGUUAAAAGCAAAGACCUCUGGAUUGUGGAGUUCUUUGCACCUUGGUGUGGCCACUGCAAGAAGCUUGCUCCUGAGUGGAAGAAAGCUUCAAAGAACCUCAAGGGGAAGGUGAAUUUGGGCCAUGUAGACUGUGAUGCAGAGAAGUCUCUGAUGAGCAGGUUCAGUGUCCAAGGAUUCCCUACAAUUUUGGUAUUUGGUGCUGACAAGGACCAUCCUGUACCUUAUAAUGGUGCAAGGACUGCCUCUGCAAUUGAAUCAUUUGCACUAGAGCAGCUGGAGAUAAAUGUUUCUCCUCCUGAAGUAACUGAAUUGACUGGACCGGAUGUUAUGGAAGAAAAAUGUAGCUCUGCUGCUCUUUGCUUUGUGGCAUUUCUCCCUGACAUUUUGGACUCCAAGGCAGAGGGAAGGAACAAAUACCUUGAGACACUGUUAUCUGUUGCUGAGAAGUUCAAAACAAAGCCCUACAGCUAUGUUUGGGCUGCUGCCGGCAAGCAACCAGAUCUCGAGAAGCAUGUUGGUGUUGGUGGCUAUGGCUAUCCUGCGCUAGUAGUCCUAAGUGUUAAAAACCAAGUAUAUGCACCCCUUAAGAGUUCAUUUCAACACGACCAUAUUAAAGAGUUCGUGAGAGAAAUUGGAGAAUUAGGGGGUAGGGGAAGAAAUUUGCCUUUAGCUGGCACCCCAACAAUUGUAAAGACCGAACCUUGGGACGGUAAAGAUGGGGAAAUGAUGGAAGAGGACGAGUUUUCCCUUGAAGAACUUAUGGGGGAUGAUACAGCUAACAAGGAUGAAUCUUAAACUUCAAUACUUCCUCUUUCAACAUUAUAGAGACUGGUACUCUCUACUUUAAAUUUUUGACGAUUUAACAGGUUACAUAAUGUGUUAAUAUCUUGUACUUAAUCAGGUUUUAGACAUAUUUAAUGCAAUGAUACUCAUACCAUGGAA